AUGGCUAGCGCUACUCGAAAUGCUCUCGCUAAAAGCUUCAAAGCUUUGCACACUCCUCAUCAUCCCCUAGUAUUUGCCAACGUGUGGGAUGCAGUUUCUGCGCGCGCUGUAGCAUCCCUACCCAACGCAAAGGCCCUUGCCACAGCUAGCUACGCGGUUGCAGAAGCAGCAGGCCUCAAAGAUGACACUUUAACACUGGAUGUUAAUGUAAACUCUGCUAAAAUUAUCGCUACGGCUAUUAAAGAAUUCGGAAAGCCACUAUCGGUUGACUACCAGGACGGAUAUGGAGAUGGGCUAGAAAGCGGCCUGACAGAGCUUAUUCAAGCUGGUGUUGUCGGCAUUAACCUGGAGGACUACAAUGGAGUCACAAAGAAGCUGUACAGCGUCUCUGAGGCAGCGGAUCGGAUCAAGAGAGCUAUGGCCACGGCUACUUCACUGGGAGUGCCUGAUUUCGUCGUCAACGCCCGGUGUGACACCCUCGUUCAAGGAGGUCCUCUCGAGGAAGUAAUUGAGCGAGGUCGUGCAUACCUUGCCGCUGGCGCCACUACAGUUUUUGUAUGGGGUGCCGGCCGAGGUGUCUCACGCAACGAAGUCGUUGAAUUGGUCAAGGCCUUUGAUGGACGACUGAAUGUUUUGCUGAAUCUAUCCGGCGGUCUGACGGUGAAGGAGCUGGCGGACAUUGGAGUUGCGCGAAUCAGUAUUGGGCCUACUCUGCAGAUUGGAGCUAUGGCGAAGCUACAGAAGGACGCUGAAGCCAUUCUGGCAAUGUAA